AUGCCUCGAAUCGACGUUGAGAAAGCCAUCGAGGAGCUCACCCUCGGCGAGAAGGUGGCCCUCACAGCCGGCCGUGACUUCUGGCACACACAUCCUAUCCCACGCCUAAACAUCCCCUCGCUACGCAUGUCCGACGGACCAAAUGGCGUCCGAGGCACCCGCUUCUUCAACGGCAUCCCAGCCGCCUGCUUUCCGUGCGCCACCGCGCUCGGCGCAACCUGGGAUACCGAGCUCCUCUCAGAAGUCGGCGCACUAAUGGGCGAAGAAGCGAUCGCAAAAGGCGCGCACAUCGUGCUAGGCCCGACGAUCAACACCCACCGCUCGCCGCUGGGUGGGCGCGGCUUCGAGUCUUUCUCGGAGGAUGGUGUGCUCUCCGGCACGCUCGCUGGCCACUUCUGCAAGGCGAUGCAGGAGAAGGGUGUUGCGGCUACGCUUAAGCACUUUGUCUGCAAUGACCAGGAGCAUGAGCGCAUGGCUGUUAGCAGUAUUGUUACUAACCGGGCGCUGCGGGAGAUUUAUCUCAUGCCGUUUCAGCUGGCGAUGCGCAUUUGUCGCGCGCAGUGUGUUAUGACGUCUUAUAAUAAGGUUAAUGGGAUUCAUGUUAGUGAGGAUAAGGCUCUUAUUGAUGAUAUCUUGCGCAAGGAGUGGGGGUGGGAGGGUCUUGUUAUGAGUGACUGGUUUGGUACAUACAGUACCUCGGAUGCUAUCAUCGCCGGUCUGGAUAUCGAGAUGCCCGGUAAGACCCGCUGGCGUGGUGAUGCUCUUGCGCACGCCCUCUCUGCAAACAAAGUGGCCCAAUACCAGCUCGAUGAACGAGUGCGCAAUAUCCUCAACCUGGUGAACUGGGUUGAACCCCUGGGAAUCCCCGAGGGAGCACCUGAGAAGGCUCUCAACCGGCCACAAGACCAGGCUCUGUUGCGCCGCGCUGCUGCCGAGUCUGUCGUGCUUAUGAAGAAUGAGGGUGAUAUUCUUCCCCUUAAGAAAGAUGGGUCUCUGCUGGUCAUUGGACCCAACGCUAAAAUUGCUGCGUACUGUGGUGGUGGCUCAGCCUCUUUGGCUCCGUACUACACUGUCACGCCGUUCGCUGGCGUCUCUGCCAAGUCCAAGGGAGAGGUCAAGUACAGCCAGGGCGUGUACUCCCACAAGGACCUGCCGCUUCUGGGUCCACUGCUGAAGACGGCAGACGGCAAGCCCGGCUUCACAUUCAAGGUCUACAAUGAACACCCCGACUCUGGAGAAGACCGAGAGGCCGUGGACGAGCUGCAUCUACUCGAAUCCUCCGGCUUCCUAAUGGACUACGUCAACCCUCGGAUCAAGUCGAUGACCUACUACGUCGACAUGGAGGGAACAUUCACGCCCGAAGAGAGCGGAGUCUACGACUUCGGCGUGACAGUCGUCGGCACCGGCCAACUCCUCAUCGACGGCGAAUUAGUCGUCGACAACACCAAGAACCAAAAGCAAGGCUCCGCCUUCUUCGGCACAGCCACGAUCGAAGAAAUCGGCACCAAAGAGCUCAAAGCCGGCCAAACAUACAACAUCCUCUUCCAAUUCGGCAGCGCGCCAACCUCCGACCUAGACACGCACGGAAUCGUCGCCUUCGGCCCAGGCGGCUUCCGCUUCGGCGCCAGCCGCCAAGUAAGCCAAGAAGAACUAAUCGCCAACGCCGUCGAGCAAGCCAAAACCGCCGAUGAAGUCGUCAUCUUCGCCGGCCUCACCCAAGAAUGGGAGACCGAAGGCCACGACCGCGAACACAUGGACCUACCCCCAGGCAGCGACGAGCUGAUCAGCCGCGUGCUAGCGGUGCACCCGGACACCGUCGUCGUGAUCCAGUCCGGCACGCCGGUCACCAUGCCCUGGGAACACAAUACCAAAGCCCUCGUGCAGGCCUGGUUCGGCGGCAACGAGUGCGGAAACGGCAUCGCGGACGUCCUCUACGGCGACGUGAACCCCUCCGCCAAGCUGCCGCUCACGUUCCCGCGCCUUCUACGCGAUAACCCCUCGUACCUGAACUUCCGGUCUGAGCGCGGCCGCGUCCUCUACGGCGAGGACAUCUACGUCGGGUACCGGUUCUACGAGAAGAGCGAUGUGGUGCCGGGCUUCGCGUUCGGACAUGGUCUUUCGUACACGAGUUUCACGCGCGAGGAUCUGCAUAUCGACACUGUUCCUGAACAGAGUAAGUAUGCGGAGUCUGGGGAACCGGUGACUGCGUCCGUGACGGUCUCUAAUACGGGUGAGGUGGCCGGCGCCGAGAUCGUGCAGCUCUGGAUCGUGCCGCCGGAGACGGGUGUUGGUCGUCCGGUGCGCGAGCUUAAGGCUUUCCAGAAGGUUUUCUUGCGGCCUGGUGAGAGGAAGACGGUGCAGUUGGUUGUUGAGAAGAAGUUGGCUACGAGCUGGUGGGAUGAGGAGCGGGAGCAGUGGAUUUCGGAGAAGGGGACGUAUCAGGUUCUUAUUACGGGGACUGGCGCUGAGGAACUGCGUGGUGAGUUUGAAGUUGGGAAGACGAGGUUCUGGCUGGGUCUGUAG